AGAAGAAGAAGAAGAAAAAGAAGAAGAAGAAGAAGAAGAAGAAGAAGAAGAAGAAGAAGAAGAAGAAGAAUUUAAACUCUGUCGUCUGUAAUCUGCAAUAACUUGCCGUGCAUGCUUGACCUAACUCGUUGUGGACGGACAAGCCAAUAAGAACAACACGACGUUAAGCAUGGACGCAAGGAUCUAUUCUGUUUUUUGGCCGUGCCGGGCAGUUCCACCGCCUAAUCCACCCACCCUGGUGAGAUCAAGUCUGGACCCUACAGUAUAGACGACAGUUGAUGUAACAUUAGGAGCACAGGGGACACGGCUUCUGGAAGUGUAGGGGGGACAGAACAAUAGCUCCGGCUGGUGGAUAAAAUAAUAACGCUCGUGUCACGAUACCCAAGCUGUGAUUCUUGUAUUUUUACUCUUGCUGCGAUCGUUGUGUGGGGUCAUUUAUAGAACGAUUGUAGACCAGUGUAGACAUCUGGUAAUGUGUAAGGAACAUCUGGUAAUGUGUGAUGCUAUAACGGCGGAACCAAUUUUUUUCUGUCAAAGCAGUAUUGCUCUGUGAAAAGUUCUGAGUUUCUCCAGAGUUUCGGAAUAAUUGGGGGUAACUGCAAAGUGAAAGUGUGACUUGGCACGUGUAGGGUAGAAUUAUUGUUAACAAGAAUAUUAUUUCUGGCGUUCACUGGAAAAUAAUAUAUAUUAUUAUGCGAAACAUAUUUUGGUGAUUGUACCAAAAACUUUAUUUCGAUUGGUCUGCUCUAUCAGACAGAUAAUACUUUCCUUAUUUUGCACCCAUCUCGCUAAAACACUGCCAGAAAUCUCAACAAUAGAAAAGGUGGACAGUUCCUAAAUUCGCCCAAGUGCUUGGACAUACGAGAGUUAAUUCAGUUUCUUUGGAAUAAAGGAAAUAUAAUUCCUCAGGAUAUUCUCUUUGAAUCGAAAUUCUACCAAAAAAGAGCCAAGUGAUUGUGCAGAAUCGUUCGUAUUUGGAUAAAAUCUAUGAGUAUGAAACAGAAAACUGUUGACAUUUUAUUACAUUGAUUUAUUCUGAGCCGUGCUUGACUACCAUGAGAUAAGGCAACAUUCACUGUUCAUCUUGGUCCCGUAGGAAAAAAUAAAGUUAAUUUUUGGGAAUUCACCAAAACACUUCCAUAAACCAGAAAAUGGCGUUUCGGUUCCGUUCCAUCUUGCACAGGGUUCUGUCCCGUGACAAGAUGGAGGACGAAAUUCUGAACCGUAAGGAUGACUCACGACCUGCAUUUGCCAGACCCCCGUGCUGUAUGGGCAUCUACCUGGAUGCACUGGACGCCAGACCCGACAAGACACAGACGGUGGGCUCCCAGCAUGCCUUCAUGAUGUCUGUCAUGGAUAAAAUGCUUGACCAUCUCAAGGCCCUGGACCUGUCAGUGGUCAAGGGCGCGAUGGAGACCCGGCAUAUCGGUGACGGUGUUAUACUGGAGGGGUUUAAACUAGGAUGUAUCUUAGCCGUCACUUUCGACAACCCAAAAUCUCUUGACAACCUUUGGACUCUCCAUGUCAAAAACCGCCUGUCAGCAGCCUUCCAGGACAUGAUUGUUGACAAGGCGUUGCUACGGGCAACGAACACGGUGAAGAUUACACUCCGCGCUAAACUAUGGGAGGAUGAGUACAGGAACUGCCAGGGAGAGAUGAAGGCGAGACCCACCGGGCGAGUGAAGCUGAAGAGUCAAGAAAGCGACUUGGCCAUGGUCCAACGAGUACAAGCACACUGCAAAAAGAUGUCAGAGGUCAUUCUUCAAGCACGUGACAUGGAGAGCAAAUUUGAGCACGGACUGGGCGAGUUCAUGCUUACUGUCAAACGCACGUUCCCCCAGUCCACCACAGUCAUACGCAACGUGAAGGAAUUCGAAACCAACGUCAAGAUGGCUAAGGGUGUGCAGAAGGGAGGAUUUGACAACAUCGACCAUUUCUUCACGGCAGUCGAGUUUUUCCGCAAGGUAUUUCUCGAAGUUGAGAAAGAACUCAUCCACCCACUGUGUCAAGUGAGGGCGCUGUGUGAGAACGACAACCAACAGAACCUUAAAAAGACAAUGAAGAACGCAUGCGCAGAGGUCCUGGCCAUUCUCAAGCCGGAUGCAGACCUUCAGAAAAUUCGCCACAAGGAGUGGGGGCCUAAAGUCUUACAGCGGGAGCAGGGCCUCUUCUACGGACUCAUCAGUCUCAUACCCAUCAGCUUAGACCGACUCACGACCAUUGACGUCAGCAUAGAUGAAUACGUCAACGAUUUCCCAGAAAUGGCUAGCAAAUGAUUCUUCGUUUAUUAUGUGAGAGGGGUUGGUUGUUUUUUUUUCUAUGGACACUUUGAAACUUGUACAUAUUAUUUCUAGCUUUAACCCUUCCAAUCCCAGCCAUUUUUGUGCACUCCCUAACCCCAGUCAUAACCAAUACAGCAGUAUUUCAGUAAAAUAAAAAAAAGAGGCAUGCCUUCUAAAAAGUGAUGUACAUGUUGUAUCAUUGUAAUGAGGUUUAGAUAAUAACAUAUAACACUGUUUAAAGGUUAAUGAUCAAUAAAUAUUAUGAAAAUUAAA